AUGGAGUACUUGUCAAGAUGUCUUAGUAGUGUAGCAGGUGAUAAGCAGUUUAAAUACCAUCCAAGAUGCAAGAAACUGAAUAUAACCCAUAUGAUGUUUGUUGAUGAUCUUCUGAUGUUUGCAAGAGCUGAUAUUCCUUCUGUGACUGCUUUGUUUGGGGCUUUCACUAAAUUUUCUCUUGCUUCUGGCCUGCUGGCUAAUUUUCAUAAAAGUGAGGUCUACACUGUUGGUAUUCCUGAUAGUUUAUCUGAUCAGAUUGUAGAGCAAAUUGGCAUCCCAAAGGGUUAUUUUCCCUUCAAGUACCUUGGUGUUCCUUUAACAACCAGGAAACUUAAGUUUGCUGAUUGCAAACCACUCAUUGAAAAGAUUGUUGCUAGAGUGAAAAGCUGGUCUGCAAAAUUUUUGUCUUAUGCAGGGAGGUUACAGUUGAUCAAAUCUGUCUUAUUUGAUGUGCUUUCCCAAGAGUUGUGGAGGGUGGAAUUUGACCAAUCUGAUUAUCUGGAACAAAGCAGCUGUUGUGAAGCAUCUAUGGGCUCUUUUGUUAGGUUAUGA